UAGCGCAUGUCAUAUACAGCACUGUGAAGCUAGUAAAUGCGUUAUACCCGGGUUGCUAAGUUGAAGUCUUUGAAGCUUUUUUUUCAAACUGGGUAAAUGCCCUGUGGCUGUUCCGUGAUAAAGGGAUGUCCACGAACUCUUCGUCCCCGGUGGUGCAAGCGCUCAUCAAGGCGGCGUUCUCCAUGGUUACCGUGACAGGUGUCAUUGGUAAUAUAUUGGUGAUCUUGGUAGUUCUCCUGAACAAGCCGAUGAGGACACCCAUGAAUUAUUUGCUUGUGAACCUCGCGAUCAGCGACAUGCUACUCCUAGUAUUUUUCUCUCCCACGUUCAUCUUUCGCGGCGCUUAUAAACACCCAACAGGACGCACAGGAGAUGUGUUAUGCGUGCUGCUGACUGGAGAGAGUUUUGCGUGGAUGGGGGGCUACGCCUCGGCUUAUUUCUUAGUCGCUAUUGCUAUUGAGAGGUACUAUGCGGUGACGAGACCACAUCGAUUCGGGGCUAGCAUCACUAAGCAUCGCCUCAAGCUCCUGGUGUUUUUGUGCUGGUUAUUCGCGCUUUGCUGGAACGCUAUCGGCUUCGCGGUGAAGCGCUAUGAUGACAAGACUGGCUUCUGUGUCGCCCGAUGGCCAGACCCCGAAAACUCUUUUAAAAUCUACAGCCUGUUGUGUCUACUCGUACUAGGAGUCAUCCCGAUAUUCACGAUGUCUUUUCUCUACUCGCAAGUGGUGGUCACCCUGUGGUGCAGGCGCGACGUGGUUCAGGUAAAUAACCAGGAGUCUGAGCGCAAGCGGCGAAUGAAAGCCACUAAAAUGGUACUGACCGUUAGUGCCAUCUACACGUUGUCAUGGAUACCGGAACUCACUGUAUUUACAAUCUUCGCCUUCGCGCCAAGAUACGUCGACAUUGAAAUAGCUUACCCUGCUUCUGUUGCCAUGGUGACUGUUAAUUCGGCCGUGAAUCCUAUCAUUUAUACGCUCCAUGGCGAGAGGUUCCGAUAUUUCCUUAAAAGGCUCCUGUUCCGCUGCUGUAGGAAAAAGGCUAGUGAACUGGUCCCAGCGAGUAACCACGUGGCCGGGUGGCAUUCGCACAUGAGCGCCACGCAGUUCGACGAACCCAACAUGUCGUACGACACACGGCUAUAACACGACAACAUGUCGUACGACACACAGCUAUAACACGACAACAUGUCUUACGACACACGCCUGUAAUAACACGACAACAUGUCGUACGACACACGGCUAUAACACGACAACAUGUCGUACGACACACGGCUAUAACACGACAACAUGUCGUACGACACACGGCUAUAACACGACAAUAUGUCGUAUGGCAAAAGGCUAUAACACGACAAUAUGUCGUACGACACACGGCUAUUGUACCAAAACAACCAAAGCAAACCAGCCAAGAUUAUACCGCUGGGUCAAACUACUUUAAAAAUCAAGAUCAAGAAUAUGACCAGAAAAUCAAGAAUAUGACCAGUUUACUUACCCCACUAGAGCCUGAUUGUACAUUCUAAGCUGUUGCUGAUAAUAAAACUUCAAAACAGUA